UACACAACCCGCCUCACCUUGCUAUUUUUGCUCACCUUGUCGCGGCAGACCGUAAUCGACGCGGUCCUGCGCAUCGCCUGCCCAGCCCAUCCAACACGUUCCGUCGCGUCGCCUGAUAUCGAGCAACAAGAAUGUCGCAAGUCAAGUUCGAGCAGAAGGAGACGGUGCGCACAUCCACCGCAUCGGGUGCACGUGCUGCACCGUCGCCAGCGGUCGGCAGCAAAGACGAUGUAGCACACAAGAUUGGCAAUGCCCUCACGCAGGGCUCGGGACCAAAUGGUUAUCUUGCUUGGUACCUCAAGAAGCUCCAGGAAGACCCUCUGCGAACGAAGAUGAUCACAUCUGGCACGUUGGCUGGUCUACAAGAAUUUCUCGCUUCGUGGAUCGCGAAAGACCGAAGCAAGCAUGGCCACUACUUCACCAGUCGCGUGCCCAAGAUGGCCGUAUACGGUGCCUUCAUCAGCGCGCCUCUCGGACAUGUCAUGAUCUCUAUCCUUCAAAAGCUGUUCCAAGGACGAACCAGCUUGAAGGCCAAGAUUCUCCAAAUCAUCGUCUCGAACUUGAUUAUCUCACCAAUUCAGAACGCCGUAUACUUGACUUCCAUGGCUGUUAUCGCCGGCGCACGCACCUUCCACCAGAUCCGUGCCACCGUAAGAGCAGGCUUCAUGCCAGUCAUGAAGGUCUCCUGGAUCACCUCUCCACUUGCUCUUGCCUUCGCACAAGCAUUCCUGCCCAACGAGGUGUGGGUGCCAUUCUUCAACGCCGUCGGAUUCGUCAUUGGCACAUACAUCAACGCUCACACAAAGAAGAAGAGACUGCAAGCUCUUCGAAGGAAAUAUCAGGACAACCGAACGACGGAUAGCCGAAGCGAAUACGAUCGCCCGCCCGCACCAGGUGGAUACUAGGAAAGAGAAAGGGGACGUGUCCAAAGAAGUGGCGAAUGUGUUGUUUGCGGAAGGCACGGACGUCCGGCUCACAACAUUGGAUGACUUGUAAUUUGAGACUCGCGCGCCGACACACCGAGGCGGUGAGAAUGUAGUUAAGCGAAUUUGUUGACGAUUCUUUUUUCC